GUCCGGUGCUGCCCUCUACGGUGUAGUCCCAUUCAUCUCACUUUACAAGUCGAAACAAAAUGGUAUCGUCCGUCAUCAACAUGGAGUCCCUGAUGGAGUCCGAUGCUAUUGCUGCCGUGUAUGACCAGUGCAGCGGAUAUCCGACCCCUCUGUCGGCCAACGUUACUGAAGCUUUUCAGAACAACCAGAGAAUCAUCACUGUAUCUACAGAAUGGUGUCAAAACGAGACUUCUAGGAGAGCCAGGUUGCGGUUCUCUCAGAGCUGGACCCUGAUUGGACCAGACGGCCCCAAAACAGCCGACACACCCAUCUUCACUGUACCCCCUUCCGGACCCUGCACUCCUCUACACGGAGAGCUGCUGAGUAACCAUUCUCCUUCUGGGAAUCUUCGUGCUGUUGUCAGAGAUGCCAGCGGUCAUCAGUACCUGGAGGUCUGGGACGGUCGAGGUCUGAGGACAUCUCUGGAUCUGACGGGCCUUAACGAACAUGGAAGAGUGUAUGAGGACGCUCAGUUUGGCAGUCUGGCCUGGUCUGAGUGUGAGCGCAGGGUGCUGUAUGUCGCCGAGGCCAGCAGGGGCACCACGGAGGCCCCAGCCUCAGUGGCCUCAUCUUCCACUGGAGACAGUAGUGUGUACUGGGAGGACUGGGGCGAGGGCCUGGCCGGUAAGAGUCUCCCAGUGCUGUGCGUGGCUGACCUGGUCAAGGAGAGCAUCAGCGUGCUACAGGGGGUCCCUUCAGAUGUGUCCCCCGGCCAGCCUCUGUGGGUGCGAGGUGGCCAGGCGGUGGUGUUCGUAGGCUGGUUCCAUGAGCCUUUCAGACUGGGCCUCAAGUUCUGCUCCAACCGCAGGUCUGCUCUCUACUGCCUCGACCUGGAGGGGACUUGCGAGUGCCUGUCCGGGGGGGCUAGCAGCUCCGUGUCGUCCCCCAGGCGGAGUCCAGACGGCAGCUGGCUGGUGUACCUGCAGGGCCAGGUGUGGGGGCCCCACAGCCAGGCCCUCAGCCUUCAGCUCCACCACCUGGACACCGGCAAGAGCUCUGAGCUGCUGGAGGUGGUCCACAGGCCCAGGACAGGCCCAGGCCAGUGUGAGUUUGCGGGUCUCUAUGAAGCCCUGCCUGCCUGCUGCUGGUCAGAAGAUGGACUCAGGGUGGUCUUCACCAGCUCCAUGAGGAACUGGAAGGAGGUGUAUGUGGUGGACCGGUUGACCAGGAGAGUAACCUGCCUGUCUAGCAGUGUUGAUUUUGGCAGCUGGAAGCUUCUGACCAUCCAGCGAGAUGUGAUGGUAGUAUCCUGCUCCUCCCCCAACCGGCCCCCCUGCCUGAGGGUGGCGUACCUCACUCCGCAGGGGGGCGAAGGGGCGCGUGUCCCCUGGAAGACCCUAGGUGAGCCUGGCCCCAUUUUCGACCUGGACUGGAGUGUAAUGGACAUAACCCCACCACCCCAAGAGGAGAACCCUCAGUACUCGGGUCUGGUUUUCAGCUGCCUGCUGAUCAGGCCCGGGGCUCGUCGCUCGUCCUCCAAGACUCCACUGGUGGUGUUUUCUCACGGUGGGCCCCACUCCCAGUUCCAUGCAGAGUGGAACGUGACCUCUGCGGCCCUGGCGAAGCUGGGAUUCGCUGUGCUCAUGGUCAACUACCGAGGUUCUACAGGGUUCGGUCAGGACAGCAUCUUGUCUCUGAUUGGUCGUAUUGGAGACCAGGAUGUGAAGGAUGUCCAGAGGGCCGUUCUCACUGCACUGCAGAGCCACUUGACCCUUGACCCCAAGAAGCUGCUGUUGAUGGGCGGGUCUCACGGCGGCUUCCUCUCCUGUCACCUGAUUGGCCAGUACCCAGACUUCUACAGAGCAUGUGCAGCCAGGAAUCCUGUCAUCAACGCUGCCACCCUACUGGGAACAAGCGACAUAGUCGACUGGCGGUACUCCUGUGUGGGACUGCAGUACUCCUAUGACAAGCUGCCCAGCUCCCAGGCCCUGGUCAACAUGCUGGAGAAGUCACCCAUCAGCCAUGCUGCGCAGAUCAGUACUCCAGUGCUGCUGCUGCUGGGGGGCAGAGACAGGAGGGUGUCCCCCCACCAGGGACUGGAACUGUACAGACACCUGAAGAGUAGGGGCAGCCCUGUCAGGUUGCUGUGGUUUGCUGAGGAGGGUCACUCUCUAGCGGGCGUGGUCACCCAGGCCGACUGCUUCCUCAACAUUGUGCUGUGGUUCCAGCAGCACCUCACCUGAACUUGGGACUGGAGACACACACACAAGAUUAUACACCGACUAUGUCAGUACACAUACACACACAUCCUAGUGCUGGAUAAAGGAUGACUGUACUUGACUAUGCUUGUUUUUUCCCCAAAAAAACAUUUUAUUUUAUUUUGAUAGACUUAGAUGAUCUCAUGGAUGCGUGUAAAUUGAAAACAGUAAAAAAUCACAGUCUUAUGCAUACUACUGUGGUGGGCAGUAUGUGACAAACAUCUAUUAUAUCCUUUGAACCUGGGGAGUUAUUAGGACUACAAUUAGACAACAUAAUACCUUUUUAUUUUACAAUGUUCUUUACAAAUAUGUUGACAGUUUUGUCUCUGGUGGAACAUUUACAAUGUCAGUUGAGGUAAUAAAAGCUUUGCAAUUGGUUGUGAUGCAUGGAUAGCUAAUCAUAUUUUUUCACAUUUUUUGUAGACGUGUUGAUGAUCAGUGUUUUGUUUGUAUGAAAGUGCACUGCUGGGUGUGACCACUAGGUGUCAGUGGACGGUUGGUUCACAGUUUAUGACGGUACUGUAUGCGGAGUGACAGUUUGCAAGUCAAUGACACACUGGAGUUUAGUAUUAGAGAGCAAAUGCACUAAACUGUUUCUAUAAGUUGCUUGCUGUUCUGAUCUUUUUACCUGUUUUGUAGGUUAAACUUGAAUUCGGGAAGGCUUUUCUUACUUUUUAUUCUUAGAAAAUGUAAACUGGGGCAAUCUGUUAAUGAAGAACAGUGAGUCCUUUUACGUUCUGUGAAAUUACACAUUUUCUUACUUACUUUUUGAUGUAUGUACUGUAUAUGUGGAGGAGUGGCCCCACCAGUAGAAUGUGUUUAGACAUGGCCAGAUAAAAAACCUUUACCCAAAUCACAUAAAGGGAUUUAUGAGGGAAAGAAAUAUAUUUUAUUGAGUCUGACACAUAUAUAUAUUGCAACAAAACUAAGCCAUUACUUUACCACUAGUACCACAGUUCUGUAGAUUAACAUAAUUUAUGAUGGGUUGAACCUGGUCCGCCCCCAACUUAACUGUAUUUCAUGGUCGUCUGUAAACAUGUGGUUUAAGUUCUUACAGUUUUAUUCUGCUGCUUGCACAAUUUUUUAAAACUUUUCCUCUUUUUUUCCAAAUUACACACAAAUCCAAGAAUUGCACACACAAAAUGCCUCGCAUCUCUUGCUAAAUGAAGCACUGCAUUCAAAAUAUCACAAACACAUUUCAAAAGCAAACAUUUGUCUUACGUUGCAAACACCUUUGCCAUAAUAUUACAUUUACAUAGAUAAAUCAUAUAUACACAGUUAUUCAAAACCUAAAACUCUUCUUUCAUGAGCUCCUAUGUACAUUUCUGUAAUGGCAGAGAAAAAUUAAUGGUAAACAGGAAAACAAGAUUGAAACCAAUCCUUUUUUUUUACUGUAAGUUGUGAAUACAGUAUUACACAGUAUGAAAGAAAAGGUGAAGUAGGUGAAGUUGAAAAAGGUGAUUACGGAAUGGUGUGUGUGUGCCAUGAACUGUAGCA